ACAAGACCAUCAAGGUGUGGGAUGUAACCAGUGGCCAUGUGAUGCACACCCUGACAGGACACACAUGCUGGGUGGAGUCCGUGGCGAUCUCGUCCGAUGGCAACUACAUCAAGUCCACCGCCUCAUCGGAAAAUUUCGUCUGGGUCCGCCAAGGCAGCCAAUGGCUUCGUUCUUUCGAUCAAUCGCCCAACUUUGCCCCAGCAACCAACCGUCUCCCAACACUCACUUCCCCCGAGUGGAUCCAAAUCGACAACUACUUCCAAUGGAUUCGCCACGGCACCCACGCCCUCAAAUUGCCACUCUACCUUGGUCCUCCCAGCGACGCAGUUGCCAGCCACAUCCUGCCAAUUUACUCCAGCACCCCCGAGGUCUUGAUUGCAUUCGCCAACUACCUCAGCAACUCGCCAGGUCCCGAGUCCCCGACCCGUGCCGCUGCGGUCCACGCCGGUCCAGUCCUGACUGCCUUCUACCAAGGACAAGAGCGCAAAGUCGCAGAGGAAGGCAAACGAGCCACAGAAGCAGCGAGAAGGGCCGAAGAAGCGAGAAAAGUAGAAGCAGCCAGGAGAGCCGAGGAAGAACGAAAGGCCAAGGAAGCCAAGAAGGCCGAGAGAGCCGCCAAAGUCGAGAAGUUCACAAAGUUUUUCCGCUGAAACUGCACGGAAACCGAAUGCAGUCCAAGUGUGUAUCACAAUUGAACUUCGAUGGUCGAAAUACAGCGUCACUAUGCCAUGGGAAUUCGGGCAUAGGUUCGCUUCUGCCGCCAAACUUGGGCUCAAACCCGACCACAGUGGUCGUUGCAGCGGAACCAAUGAACCCGUCUCGCAUGUGGCCAGAACCACCGAGUUUCCAGACAGAGCUGGAGAUCUCGACUGGCGAAUCGGUUGAGGUUAUCGUUAGUUGUAUAUCCAAGACAACAAGCCAUCAUCACCAUGCGGAACCUAACAGUGGGCGUACAAGCAAGCUCACACACCCCUGUUGCGGCUCUCGCCGACUCUCCAGCCCACACGGCGAGCCAUGCGGGUGAACACUUCCUCCAAGAGGUCCCACUGGGACUCGCAUGUCUCCAGGUCCCGUUCGGGGAUCCUCUCUCUCUGGCCAUGGG